GCCCAGCAGCGAGCGAGGACCAGAGGGAGACCAAGAGGACCAGCCAGAGUCCCGCAGUCACCACGCGGGAGCUCGCCCUCCCAUUGGUCCCUGGCUCCCCUCCCCUCUCCUGACGCGGGGCGUGGGGUUUAAAUGCCUCCUGGCUGGAGCCCGCGGAGCCUGUUUGCCCCGAGCUCAUUUGCUGGAGUUUUAUUGCUGGAAAAGAGCGACAGCUCUGGGAGGGGAAGGGGGGGUCACCUCAUCCCCUCACUCACCCCGCCAAUGAUCAGUGACUCUAACCCCCAGGAGCCACCCAUGAAGCAUCACUUCACUUUGCAGAACAACAGUUGAUGAUCCAAAAAAUCAGUUCGCAGCUGCCUUUAGCCAUGAGCUGUUUGGAUGUUAUGUACCAAGUCUAUGGUCCUCCCCAGCCUUACUUUGCAGCAGCCUAUAGUCCUUAUCACCAGAAACUAGCCUUUUACUCGAAAAUGCAAGAAGCCCCCGAAAGCGCCAGCAGCGCCAGCACCAGCAGCGGCAGCAGCUCCUUCUCCAGCCAUGCCCCUGCCAGCAUCAAGGAGGAAGACUGCAGCCCCGAGAAGGAGCGCCCCCCCGAGGCCGAGUAUAUCAACUCCCGGUGCGUCUUGUUUACUUACUUCCAAGGGGACAUCAGCUCCGUGGUAGAUGAGCACUUCAGCCGGGCCUUGAGCCAGCCCAGCAGCUACUCGCCCAGCAGUGCCAGCGCCAAGACGUCACGGAGCACCAGCUCUUGGAGGGACGGCUCCUUCCCGAUGAGCCAGCGCAGCUUCCCCGCUUCGUUCUGGAACAGCGCGUACCAGCCCUCCUCCGUCCCGGCCUCCCUGAGCAGCAGCCUGGGCAGCCCCCUGGCCGCCGCCGCCCACAGCGAGCUGCCCUUCGCCGCGGCCGACCCCUACUCGCCGGCCGCGCUGCACGGCCACCUGCACCAGGGCGGGCCGGAGCCCUGGCACCACCCGCACCCCUACCUGGGCGCCCAGGGCUCCACCUACCCCCGCCCCGCCGCCAUGCACGAGGUCUACGGCGCCCACUUCGACCCCCGCUACAGCUCGCUGCUGGUGCCCGCCGCCUCGGUCCGCCCGCACCGCCUGCCGCCCGCCUCGGCGCCCGCGCCCGGCAGCCCCCAGUGCGAGCUGGGCAAGAGCGAGCCCGCCAGCGCGGCCUGGGCGGCGCCGGGCCCUUUCCCCAGCCCGGCGGGGGACAUGGCCCAGGGCCUGGGCCUCAAUGUGGACGCAGCUCGCCGUUAUUCCUUCUGUGGUGGAUCUCUCCUGAGCUGAUCUGCUGACUCAAAGACCCCCGAGUCCCCUUCCUCUCUUCCUUCAGACAAGCCCACCAUGGCUCAGCAUCUAUGCCAGGCAUUUCAAGGACAAGAACACGGGGAAGGCAAUGGGACUUCAUACUACUUGGCAUUUCAAAUACAAUACUUAAGACAUAUUGUGGAGGAUAAAAUUCCUUCUGUUGAAAGAGGAGAGCCAAAGACACUUUUAUUUAAACUAACUCCACACCCAGAACUGUGGUCAGACUGCUUAAAAAGAGUUAAAUUAUGUGGACAGUGAUGUGAAAUCACUGGCCUUCUUAAGGAAGGGGGAGGGAAAGUUGUUAGGUUUUUUUUGGUGGUGUUGUGAAUAUUUUUUAUGCAAUGAGAAUUAUUUCUUGAAAGCAGGUUGGGGAGAUACUCAGUGAUUUUGAACUGGAUUUGUACUUUACAUUAUAGAAAACUGAAAGGAAAGGAAAUUUUAACUCAUGAACACUUUUGGACUGUUAACAAAAUUGGACAGAUCUUUCGGCCUGGGGUUAUGAGUGGCAAGUGGCUAGCUUGGGCCACCUGCCCUGGGCUUACAGAAAUGCAGCUGUUCCAGGGACAACUGUUCAAACUCCAGAAACUUGACAACCAAGGUGGCACUUCUCAGAGUUUGGCACAACAAUUGCAUUGGAGAUAUAUAUAUAUAUAUAUAUAUAAUUUUUUUUACAAGGAAUGUUUUAUGAUGAAAGAAGAAACCCUUAAAAAAAUAAAACCUGACAGCCUUCAUGGGGAACAACUGGAGCACACCAGAAGGAAAGGCACAUUGUGGACAAUUGAUAUCCAUUGCCUCUAAUAUUUCUCUUUGUCUGUGUGUUGCUGUCAUUCUGUCACUUUAAUAGUAAUUUUUUGAGGGUGGGAAUAAGGGAUGUUUUUAAAUGUAGAAAAGCUAUAUUAAAGAUGUCUCCUUUCACUCAGCAUGUGUGUUUGUGAAGGAUUAAAGCUAAACAAGGGUGAUGUCACAAACGGGAAACUUUAGGGUAAAAUGGGGAAAAAACACCUGUAAUGUGGACAAAG